GAAGUAGAAGAGCAGAGCACCCUCUCCUGUUCAACACGACAUGAACUGGAGAAACUGACACUUAGUACCUGCGGGACAACAGGACGGAGAGGAGAGUCCAGUGCACUGAGCUCAAGUCAUUUCCUCCCAGUGGGAUCAAGCAGCUGCACACACCUGUCCCGUGUGUCUCUCGUCCACUUACAAGCGGCUGAAUGCAAUGUCCUCUAGAAGUCGGCUGCAUCUCCUUCUCUUUCUCCUGUUUGGCCAAGUUUGGUCAAUUUUCUCUGUACAGGAGAUGCAAACAGAUCUUGAAACCAUUAUGAAAAUCAACGCUGCUGGAGAAAUGAUGCAGUGCUCUGCAGCAGUGGAUAUUCUCUUUGUGAUGGACAGCUCCUACAGCGUUGGGAAAGGAGGAUUCGAACGAUCCCGGCACUACAUGUUGAAGCUGUGUGAGGCUCUUGAUGUCAGCCCAGACAAGGUGAAAGUUGGCGUGGUUCAAUUUGGUUCCACGCCCAAACUGGAAAUCAGUCUAGACUCAUACAAGAGCAAGGAGGAGCUGAAGAAAAAGAUGAAGAAAAUCCACUAUAGAGGUGGAAGCACACAGACAGGUCUGGCUCUGAAGUUCGUUCUGAGGAAGGGGUUUUCCGGCGGACGCAAUUCCACAGUGCAACGCAUCGUGAUCCUCUUAUCUGACGGAAAGUCCCAGGGGGCAGUGCAGCUGGCUGCCUCGGAGCUCAAGCUGUCUGGAGUGAUUCUGUUUGCCGUGGGGAUCCGUUACCCAAGGUGGGAAGAGCUCCAUGAACUGGCGAGCAGCCCAUCGGAUGCUCAUGUGUUCUUCGCGGAGCACUUCAGUGAUGCUGUUAAUGGAAUAUUCACCAGCCUCACCACCUCCUCCGUCUGCACUGCCGUUCCUUCAGGCUGUAAGGUGGAGUCUUACCCAUGUGUGCAGAAAACCCUGGAGACGGUAAAAGAGCUUCAAGGAAACUUCAUGUGCUGGAAAGGGUCCAAGGGAUACUCACCAUACACAUCCCUCUGCCCUCAUUACAGGUAUAACAAAGUUUACAGGCAGCACCCCGUUGUCUGUCACCGAACUGUCUGUGCAGAACCAUGUGACUCUCAGCCCUGUCAGAACGGGGGGACGUGUAUAUCUGAGGGACUGGAUAAAUACCACUGUGAGUGUCCCACAGGCUACGGCAGUGACCCCGAUUGUGCUCCAGUUCUGAGUUUCGACUGCUCCCUGGAUGUGCUCUUCCUGGUCGAGGGCUCCUCUUCUCUUACACUAGAGGGUUUCUUGCGCUUCAAGUCUUUCUUAAAGCAUUUCAUGCAGGCUGUACUGAGCUCUGACACCCCUGUAAGGAUGGGGUUGGCCCAGUAUAGCAGCGACGUGAAAAUCGAAGCCAAAAUUGGGGAGCACCGAGACCCGGCGAAGCUGAUCCAGGCCGUCGAGCGCAUGCAGUACCGUGGUGGCCAGGCCAAGGCUGGAAACGCUCUUCGCUACAUCACACGCAAUGGCUUCCAGAGCGCACCCGUGUUUGCCGAUGUUCAGGACGACCUGCCGCGAGUGGUAGUGCUGCUCACGGGGACGCCCUCGGCGGACCCUGUGGUGGAGCCAGCGAAGUAUGCACGGGACAGGGAGAUCUUCAUCAUCGGUGUAGCACCAGAAGGGAUGAGGGCUGAAAUAAACAACAUAACAGGAAACCCCCAGCGCACCAUCACAUACCAGUCACCCGACAGAUUGACCUCUAAGAUCCCAGAACUGAGAGCCAAAAUUUGCAGUGUCGACACCCAGGGCUGUCUGGGUCAAGCUUUGGACCUUGUUUUUGUGCUGGACGCCUCCAGUGCUGUAGGCAAGGACAAUUUCGUCCACUUUCAAGACUUUGUUCGGAGCACCUCAGUGCAGUUUGACAUCAAUCGAGAUGUGGCUCAGGUGGGACUGGUGGUUUAUGGUAGGCGGCCCGUCACAGUCUUUGACCUGGACAAGUAUGACUCGGGCUCUGCUGUGCUGAGGGCAGUGGGAGAUGCUGCUUUUCUGGGUGGGAAGGCCUCUACAGGUUCAGCCCUGCUCCAUGUGCUCUCCCAAAGCCUGACAGUGGGGAAAGGAGCGCGACCUGGAGUCAACAAGGCUGUGGUGGUGCUGACUAAUGGGACAGGUGUGGAGGAUGCAGUGGUGCCCGCCCAGAAGAUCCGUGAUAGCGGAGUGGCAGUGUUUGUGAUUGGCAUCGGGAGCUUACAGCAAGAGGUCCUCAUCCGCAUCGCCGGCUCUGAGGACCACAUGAUCUCUGUACCUUCAUAUGAUGACCUGAAAUACUCUGAGGAUGUGCUGGUACAGAUGGUGUGUGCAGACGUGAAGAAACCUGUUCAUCUGUGCAGUCCCAACCCCUGUAUGAAUGAUGGCGUUUGUGUGCUUCUCAAUGGCAGCUAUCGCUGUGAAUGCCGUGGGUGGAGGGGUCCACACUGCGAAACACGAAGCAGAGAUCCACCAAGCAGAGGAGAUCUCCCUAAACCUGCAGGCCUGAGGCGCCGUCAGCACAAGAGUGAAAAAGAGCUGCUGCAGCGCUAUAAGGAGCUCCGCAAGAGACAUGCGUCCCGAACACAGCACAGAUGAACAACGCACACUACACACACAAAGACCCAGCUCAGCAAUGGGUUAACAUUCAUUCUACAAUUCACUCUGGUGGUGAACACGCAAUCCAGACGACACUCCACAGGUAUCUAUUUCAUGAAUUUUGUAAAUGCGUUUAGUGCCUUAAAAAUUAGGAUUUUUUAAAUUUAGUUAAUCUUAACUCUUUCCCUGCCAUUAAUGGAAAUGUCCAUCAUUUAUGACACAAUGUUUCUCCAAUACAGUAGGGGAUACUAUUACACAUCUUCUAAGAGAUUAAAGAAUCAGGCAAAAAGAAGCAGAAACAAGUGAUAAAAUGUUUUUUGUUUUGUGGAGGCUGUUCAUUGCAUGCUCGGAUAUCCAUACAACAAAAUAUUCUUGGGGCCAUGAACAUUUUGUGAAAAUGAUCAAUUCUGGUGGUGGCUGGCAAAUUUUUUAAAAUGCUGGCAGGGAAAGAGUUAAGAGGUUCUGAUGCUGUUUGUGUUGAUUAUUCAGCACUGAAGACCUUUUAUGAACAUGUUUUCUGUCUGAGAUUUGGACUUGCUUGUGAUCUGUCAUAAUGAAAAAUCCUUGUGUAACAGAAAGCCUCAUGUUAGAGGCUUAUGUUUUUGACCAUAUUUAUUUUUUUUACAUAUCAUUAGUUACAGUGAUGCGUUUGUCUAUUGUAAAGCUAUUAAUUUUUUUUUUUUUCCAGAACCUUGUCUAACUCAAAUACUUUCUAUUGUUUUUGGUUCCACCUACUGGGGGGACUGAGUUUUGUUUUCUGCAAUUUCAAAGCAGGAUACCGUUUGCAUGAAUAGUUUGCAGAACAAACUUUUAUUUGAAUAAAAAGUGCAUGUUUCAGCUAGCGUACAGUAACAAACCGAAAAACACUGAACGGAUAUGUUAUAUAUAUUCACAUCUUGGUUACCAGCAUACAUGAACCAAGCUACAAUGUACCAAAUGGCUGAUUUAAAGUCUUGAAUCUAAUAUAAAUGACAAUAUAAAAAUAGUGGUUCUGAAGCACUCCUAAACUCCUUUUUGGUCUCUUCUCAAGCGUGUGAAACAUCCUUCACAUACUGUGCACACCACUGGAAGAGUAGUUUCUAUCAUUCUCCUCCUUUCUCUUACAUUAAAUGACUCGAAUAGAUUUAAAAUC